UGGUAAGAAUUUACUCGUUCCCUUAUGCAAAAUUAACCUACAACACGAAACCCAAAUACCCGCAUAUAUAUUAGCCCUUUCUCUCCCCACUUGAUCAUCUUCUCCACCAAAACCCAUAAACCCUAUCUCUCGAGCUCAGUCUGUCUGUCUCUCUCUCUCUCUCUCUCUCUCUGUGUUUCAUAUAAUCGUUCACCACCACCAUGCAAAAUCCCUCUUUCAACUACAUAUCCUCAAGUGGAAGUGUUUGUAUAGAAGCUGAUGACCAAGAAGAUGAAGAUUCCCUCUUUCUUUCCCUUGGACCUCCUGGCCAACACAUCUCUAAACAUCCCAAUUCCUUAAACAAGCCACGAAAUACUAUUGAUAAGCAAAACCCUAAUUCUCAUGAAAAUGCUGUAACUGUCGCUCUCCAUAUUGGUCCUCCAUCAGCUACUACCCAAACUACCUCUUCAAACCCUAAUCACGUUUCUUCUCUCGUUGAAGGCCAGUACUGGAUUCCUUCUCCUGCUCAAAUCCUCGUCGGUCCUACACAGUUCUCUUGCUCUGUCUGUAAUAAAACAUUCAAUAGGUACAAUAACAUGCAGAUGCAUAUGUGGGGACAUGGAUCGCAAUAUCGAAAAGGGCCUGAGUCUUUAAGAGGAACAAAGGCAGCUUCUUCAAUGUUAAGACUUCCUUGUUAUUGCUGUGCUGAAGGAUGCAAGAACAACAUUGACCAUCCAAGAUCAAGGCCAUUGAAGGAUUUUAGAACUCUGCAAACACAUUACAAGCGAAAACACGGUGCAAAGCCUUUUGGAUGCAGAAAAUGUGGAAAAACUUUUGCAGUUAGAGGAGAUUGGAGAACACACGAGAAGAACUGUGGUAAGCUUUGGUUUUGUAUUUGUGGGUCUGACUUUAAACAUAAAAGGUCACUUAAAGACCACGUACGUGCUUUUGGAGAUGGACAUACUCCACAUACUGUAAAAAUAUGCGAGGUAGAUGAUGAAGAAGAAGAUGAAGAUGAUGAUUAUGAUGAUAUUGAUGAUGAUAAUGGAGAUGGUCCAUUUAUGUUUUAACAAAAAGAUGUUCACACCUGGAUGUUUAAGUAGUGAAUGGGACUAUGAAAUGGCAGUAACUACUCCUAUGUUAUGUGUAUGU